AUGCAAGAUGCAAAACCCCUCAAGAAUUUCGAGCGACUGAGGUCCAUUCUCAACGUCGAAUAUCUUCAGUCUGGACUGACCGCCAUGCUGUGUGCAUGUUGUUCAUCGAUGACGGCCAUUGAUACUCCUGAGAAGAAAGCUACGAGAGCGAGUGACGGGCCAAAGAAGCCCUCCAGGUCACUCAAGAUGAAACCCAUGUUUCUGAGCUUCGAGGCCUUACCGGUUGCACCGCUGCCACCGCUGCAGCUGUGGGUACCCAAGACCUGCAACGGCCAAAGGAGUACAGAAGAGUCCAAGGAGCCGUCGGCUGCCUCCAAGGUCUCCGUUUGGGACCAUGUGGAGAUGCUGUGCGUUGCGGAGGUGAAACCAUGA